UUUGGUGUACUACAAAAUAUAAACAAAAUAAUUUAAAUUUGUUAUAAUAUAUUGUUCUACUAAUGCAAAGAGAAUCAGAAUGGAUUAUGACUUUAAAAUGAAAACACAAAAGGAACGCACAAAAGUUGAGGACCUUUUCAACUAUGAGGGCUGUAAAGUGGGUCGAGGCACCUACGGUCAUGUAUAUAAAGCAAAGUGGAAAGAGACUUCGGACGGUAAAGAGUAUGCUUUGAAGCAAAUUGAUGGUACCGGUUUGUCUAUGUCAGCAUGCCGCGAGAUUGCUUUACUUCGGGAACUAAAGCAUCAAAAUGUCAUCACACUGAUAAGAGUUUUUCUUUCACAUACCGACCGCAAAGUAUUCUUGUUAAUUGAUUAUGCAGAACACGAUUUGUGGCAUAUUAUAAAAUUUCAUCGUGCAGCAAAGGCGGCUAAAAAGCAGGUGGUAGUACCGCGGGGUAUGGUAAAGAGCCUAUUAUAUCAAAUUUUGGAUGGCAUACAUUAUUUGCAUAGUAAUUGGGUUUUACAUCGAGAUCUCAAACCUGCCAAUAUAUUAGUGAUGGGUGAUGGCCCAGAGAGAGGAAGGGUUAAAAUCGCUGAUAUGGGCUUUGCUCGUUUAUUUAAUGCUCCUCUAAAGCCUUUAGCAGAUUUGGAUCCUGUAGUGGUAACCUUUUGGUAUCGUGCACCCGAAUUAUUGUUGGGUGCACGUCAUUACACUAAGGCUAUCGAUAUCUGGGCAAUAGGAUGCAUUUUCGCCGAACUACUUACAUCGGAACCUAUUUUUCACUGCCGUCAGGAAGAUAUAAAAACUAGUAAUCCCUAUCACCAUGAUCAAUUAGACCGCAUAUUUAACGUAAUGGGAUUUCCGCAAGACAAAGACUGGGAGGAUAUUAAAAAGAUGCCUGAACACCACACCUUGACAAAAGAUUUUAAAAGAUCUUCGUACUCAACUUGUUCUUUGGCCAAAUACAUGGAUCGUCAUAAAAUUAAGCCAGAUAGCAAAGCAUUCCAUUUAUUGCAAAAGUUAUUGUUAAUGGAUCCUAAUAAACGCAUUACUUCAGAACAAGCUAUGCAAGAUCCAUAUUUUCAAGAGGAGCCUCUACCCACACAAGAUGUAUUUGCUGGCUGCCCGAUACCUUACCCAAAAAGGGAGUUCCUUACUGAUGACGACCAAGAAGACAAAUCAGACAAUAAACGUCAGCAACAACAACAGCAGCAGCAGCAACAACAGCAACAACAACAACAGCAACAACAACAACAGCAACAACAACACCAUGAACCGAAUGCGAAACGAGUGCGCCUUUCGGGUCCCGGAGGAGCACCACAACAGCAACAGCAGGUGCACCCGCAGCAGCAACAAGAUUUCCACCAUCAACAACAGCAACAGGCAGCUGCCGCUGCCGCUGUUGUCGCGCAACAACAGCAACAACAGCAAGCUGCGGCUGCUCAGCAAAUGAUGUUCAACCAACAGCAACAGAAUUUUCAGCAACGUUUUUAA